CUUCUACCUUGCAAAAUUUCUGAGGGGCGGAGCAUCUGGUACUCCCUUUAAUUCCCGAGUUGUGUUUCAAUUUCCUUUUGAGCAAGUGCUUUCCUGCACUAAUCAGAUUUCGUAGAGGAAGAAAACUUGACAUCGUGUGAGCACUCUCAGCAAUUAAAUGUACCCCUAAAAGACCUCAGAAUGAGAUUUCUAGGGGAGAUCGUUUGGCUUAUAUUGUGGGCGGUUUGUGUUGCACAAGAUUGCAAAGAACCCCCUCCAAGAAAACAAACUGAGGUGUUGUCAGGUGCCUGGACUGCACAAACAUAUCCAGAGGGCACUCGGGCUACCUAUAAAUGCCGACCUGGAUUUAGAACUCUUGGAGCUAUUAUAAUGGAAUGCAGGAAUGGACAAUGGGAGUCUCUUAAUCCAUUGAGGAUAUGUCGGGAAAGGCCCUGUGGACAUCCUGGAGAUACUCCUUUUGGUUCUUUCCAACUUGAAAGAGGAGAAGAGUUUGUAUAUGGUGCAAAGGUUGUUUACACAUGUAAUGAGGGAUAUCAGUUGCUAGGUAGGAUUAAUUUCCGUGAGUGUGAACCAAAUGGAUGGUCCAAUGAUGUUCCUCUUUGUGAAGUUGUUAAGUGUUUACCAGUGACAGAACCAGAGAAUGGGAGACUUACCAGCACUGCAUUGGAACAAGACCAAGACUAUACUUUUGGACAUGUUGUACAUUUUCACUGUAACUCAGGCUACAAGCUUGAUGGACCUGCAGAAAUUCAUUGCUCAGCAAAUGGUGUUUGGAGUGGAGAAACACCAAAAUGUGUGGAAAUUUCCUGCCAAAAGCCAGCAAUUGCAAAUGGACAGUCUUCUUCUCCGAAGCAAGUUUACAAGGAAAAUGAACGACUUCAAUAUAAAUGUAACAGUGGUUAUGAAUACAGUGAUAGAGGAGAUGCUAUAUGUACUAAAUCUGGGUGGACUCCAAGUCCUUCAUGUAAAGAAGUAGUAUGUGGUCCUCCUGAUAUUCAAAAUGGUGACUACACACCAAAAGCCAUCCAAUACAGACCUGGAAGUGAAAUCACAUAUUUCUGUAAAAAGGACUUUUAUCCAACUGGUACAAAUAGAGCAAGAUGUUAUGGUAAACACUGGGACCCUUCUCCGAAAUGUUCUCCAAAGACCUGUGAUGCUCCAGAAAUAAAACAUGGACAGUUACAGAUUGGAUAUACGUAUAGAUCACCCUUUCCAGCACAGUUAGGAGCAUAUUUUUACUAUAGCUGUGAUACCAAUUUUGUGACUCCUUCAAAACAUAGUCGGGGACACAUUACUUGCACACAGAAAGGAUGGGACCCAGCAGAACCAUGCCAGAGACAAUGUACUUUCAAUUAUUUGAAAAAUGGAAAGAAUCCAAGGUAUGCAGAAAAAUAUUCCCAAGGUCAAUCUGUGAGAGUUCAAUGCAAUUCUGGUUACAGUCUUCAAGAUAAGCAGACUAUAAUGACAUGUACAGAGAAUGACUGGUUCCCUCCUCCCGAAUGUAUUUCUCUCAAAAGAUGUUUAAAAUCAGAUAUAACAAUUGAAAAUGGAUUUUUUUCUGAAUCUGAACGUGAAUAUUCCUUGAAUAAAGAAACAAAAUAUCAGUGUAAACCAGGAUAUGUAACACCAGAUGGUAAAACUUCAGGAUCAAUUACAUGUCUGGAAAGUGGAUGGUCUCGUCAACCCACAUGUAUUAAAUCUUGUGAUGUGCCAGUAUUGGAGAAUGCCAGAAUCAGAAACAAGAGCCAGUGGUUUAAAGUCAAUGACACGUUGGACUAUGAAUGCCUUGACGGAUAUGAAAGCAGAGAUGGGCGUGCAGGUUCCAUAGUGUGUGAUAAUGACGGUUGGUCUCAUAAACCAGCAUGUUAUGAAAUAGAAUGCAAGGUUCCAGAAGUAGAAGAAAACUUAAUUGUUAAUCCCAGAAAGAACAAAUAUAGAAUUGGAGACAUGUUGAAAUUCUCCUGCAAACCAAGACUUAAAAGAGUUGGACCAGAUUCAGUUCAAUGUUACCACUUUGGAUGGUCCCCUAAUUUUCCAACAUGUAAAGAUCAAACAAAACAGUGUGCUCCACCUCCUCAACUCCUCAAUGGGGAAGUUAAAGAAACACAAAAAGAAAUCUAUGAACACAAUGAUUUGGUGGAAUAUGUUUGCAAUACUAGAUUUCUGAUGAAGGGUUUUAAAAAAAUUCAGUGUGUUGACGGACAAUGGACAGACUUGCCUAUAUGUAUUGAGGUGGAGAGUACAUGUAGAGAUAUACCUGAACUUCAUUACGGCUCUGUUGUUGAGCCUUCUGCCCCUCCCUAUCACCAUGGAGAUUCGGUAGAGUUCAAUUGCAUGGAGGACUUUACAAUGAUUGGACACAAGUCAAUUACAUGUCUUAAUGGAAUGUGGACCCCACUUCCUCAGUGCAUUGCAACCAAUGAACUUGAAAAAUGUAAAUUCAACUUGACCAAACAGACACAACCAUUAGGUAAGACUAUAUAUGAUCAUAACAAGAAUGUAAGUUAUAAAUGCAAAGGACCAACAAAGUCAAAACUCUCAACAUGCAUAAAUGGGCGAUGGAACCCCGAACUAAGCUGCACAGAAGUUAUCACGCAGCCGUGCCCCCCACCACCUCAGAUUCCCAAUGCUCAAAAUAUGACAACGACAGUGAAUUAUCAGGAUGGAGAAAAAGUAUCUGUUGUCUGUCAAGACAAUUAUAUUAUUCAGGAUGCAGAAGAAAUUGUGUGCCGAAAUGGAAGCUGGCAGUCAAUACCACGCUGUGCUGAAAAACUCGGGUGUCCUCAACCACCUCAUAUAGAACAUGGAAGCAUUAAAUCAUCUGAAUUUUCAGAAGAAAUAAAAGAAACGUUGAAACCUAAGCUUUACCCACAUGGCAGCAAACUAAGUUACACUUGUAAGGAUGGUUUCCUGAUAUCUGGAAAAGAGGAGAUAACAUGCGAAAUGGGAAAAUGGAGUUCUCUACCCCGGUGUAUAGGGCUUCCUUGUGACCCACCAGAAUAUGUGGUUCCAUAUAGUCUUCCUCUUCACAAAUCAGACACUUACCAGGAUGGAGAAGAAAUAGUAUACAAAUGUGAAGAAGGUUUUGGGACUAAUGGAUCUGCAUCUAUAAAGUGUUUAGGAGGAAAAUGGUCUCAUCCACCAGAAUGCAUAAAAACGGAUUGUUUUGGCCUACCUGACUUUGGUAUUGCCAUACCCAUAGGCCGGAAGAAGGACUUAUAUAGGUCAGAAGAAAAAGUAACUUUUGUGUGUCCAAAGAUUUACCAAUUGGAUGGACCCAAUUUUGUACAGUGCAUUAAGGGCCAAUGGAUAGGAGAGCCAAAAUGCAAAGAUAUUUCCUGUGAGAAUCCACCCAAAGUGGAAAAUGCUAUUAUCCUAGAUGAGAAGCCUAGGUAUCUACCUGGUGAGACUGCACGUUAUGAAUGCACCGAACCUUUUGAACUGUUUGGGGAUGUAGAAGUGACAUGUUCUAAUGGGAACUGGUCACAACCACCUCAGUGUGCAGAACCUAGUGGAAAAUGUGUGUCUCCUCCAUCUGUUGACAAUGGAGACAUUACCUCAUUCCCACUAGCAGCAUAUGCUCCGGGAUCGUCAGUAGAGUACAAAUGUCAGGCCUACUAUGUACUUCAGGGACCCAGGACCGUAACAUGCAGAAAUGGAAAGUGGUCACCACCACCAAAAUGCUUAGAGCCCUGUACAGCAUCAGAAGAAGUCAUGAGAAGACAUAAUAUAACAUUUCGAUGGUCUUAUAAGAAAAAAAUAUAUUCUCCAACAGGGGAUGUGAUUGAAUUUGAAUGUCUUCAUGGAUAUCGUAAAAAGACACCAGCACAAACAUUCCGAGCCACGUGUCAUGAUGGGAAACUGUUAUAUCCUGUAUGUGGAUAAAACAAUGAUUAAGAUGCAGUCCUAAAAUUAAAAUAUGUACAUUUACUCAGAAUUUUUCAUUAUCAAUCCAAUUCUCAGUUUAUUUUUUCAAGUAUUGUGUAACUCAUUUGUAUUUAAAUCAGAAUUUGUAUUGAAUAUUAUAUGCAUGAUGUGAUGAUAAUCAGAGGAAUGAAUAAAUCACUUCUUAAAAGCACCUCAUUUAAACUUG